UUUAAAAUUUAUUUUAUUUUUUAUGUAAGCUUCCCUGUGAUUUACGCAUCUCCUAACAACGAAUGCUGGCUUGUAGGAUUUAAAGCAGGAAGAUGGCAACUGUCAGUGAUUGGCUUCAGCAGACCCUCAUUCCUUUCCUCCUUCCCUCCAGGCGAGCCGUGAUGCUUUAACGUCCAGGUGCAGCUCAGCUCCGUCAAAAACGUGCAGAGACCCUCCUGCCCCCCUGUGGCCAUGCCACCCCGGCCUUCCUCAGGGGAGCUAUGGGGGCUCCACCUCAUGCCCCCCCGGAUCAUGGUGGACUGCUGCCUCCCCAAUGGAAUGGUCGUCACCCUUGAAUGUUUGCGGGAAGCCACCCUCCGCGGCAUCAAGCAGGAUCUCUUCAAGGAGGCCAGGAAGUACCCUCUUUUCCAUCUGCUUCAGGAGGAAUCCUCCUACAUCUUUGUGGGGGUCACCCAAGAAGCCGAGCGGGAGGAAUUCUUUGACGAGUCCCGCCGCCUUUGUGAUCUGCGCCUCUUCCAGCCCAUCCUGAAGGUCAUAGAGCCGGUGGGCAACCGAGAGGAGAAGAUCCUCAACCGGGAGAUCGGGUUUGCUAUCGGGAUGCCCAUCUGCGAAUUCGAGCUGGUGAAAGACCCCGAGGUGCAGGAAUUUCGGCGUAACAUUCUCUCCGUUUGCCGCGAAGCUGUGGAGACGAGGGGGUCGGCGGGGCCCCAGAGCCAGGCCCUGUACGUCUACCCGCCCAACGUGGAAUCCAGCCCCGAACUGCCCAAGCACCUGUACGGCAAGUUGGACAAAGGUCGGAUCAUAGUGACCAUUUGGGUUAUUGUCUCUCCAAACAACGACAAACAGAAAUACACCCUCAAGACGCCGCACGACGCACUGCCCGAGCAGGUGAUCGCCGAGGCCAUCCGCAAGAAGACCCGGAGCAUGCACCUCUCGCCGGAGCAGCUGCGCCUCUGCGUGCAGGAGUACCAGGGGAAGUACCUCCUCAAGGUGUGCGGCUGCGACGAGUAUUUGCUUGAGAAGUACCCCCUGAGCCAGUACAAGUACAUGAGGAAUUGCAUCGCUAUCGGCCGCCUGCCCCACCUGAUGCUGAUGAGCAAGGACAGCCUCUACGGUCAACUGCCGGCCAACGUCUUCGUGCUGCCCUCAUACGCGCGCCGAUCGGCCACCUCCUCGCACGUGAACGGAGAUGUCCCAACCAAGUCCCUUUGGUCCAUCAACAGCCUCCUGCGCAUCAAGAUCCUGUGCGCCACCUACGUGAACGUGAACAUCAGGGACAUAGACAAGAUCUAUGUCCGGACGGGAAUUUUCCAUGGUGGGGAACCCCUUUGUGAUAACGUCAACACUCAGCGCGUGCCAUGCUCCAACCCUCGGUGGAACGAGUGGCUCUCAUACGACAUCUACCUGACUGACCUACCGCGUGCGGCUCGCCUUUGCGUGUCCAUCUGCUCCGUCAAAGGCCGGAAGGGGGCCAAGGAGGAGCACUGCCCACUCGCCUGGGGCAACGUCAACCUCUUUGACUACAAGGACACCCUGGUGGCCGGGAAGAUGGCACUCAACCUGUGGCCCGUCCCCCACGGCCUGGAGGACUUGCUGAAUCCCAUCGGAGUGGGAGGCUCCAAUCCCAACAAGGAGACCCCGUGCCUUGAGUUGGAAUUCACCUGGUACAGCCACGCGGUAAAAUUUGCUGAUGCUGCCGAAAUAGAGGAACACGCCAACUGGGCCAUGUCUCGGGAGCUGGGACUCAACUACUGCAUGGUGGGCCUGAGCAACCGCCUGGCCCGAGACAGCUCCCUGGAUGAGAGCGAAAUGGAGCAGCUGCGGAACAUCUGCAACCGGGACCCGCUUUCGGAGAUCACGGAGCAAGAGAAGGACUUCCUAUGGCGCCACCGGCAUUACUGUGUCAACAUCCCGGAGACCCUGCCGAAGCUGCUGCUCUCCGUCAAGUGGAAUUCACGGGACGAGGUGGCCCAGAUGUACUGCCUCCUCCGGGAAUGGCCCCUCAUCAAACCCGAGCUCUCCAUGGAACUGCUGGACUGCAACUUCCCAGACCCGGUCAUCCGAGAGUUUGCACUCAAGUGCCUGGUGAAGGGGCUGACGGAUGACAAGCUCUCCCAGUACCUCAUCCAGCUUGUGCAGGUUCUCAAAUAUGAGCAGUACCUGGACAACCCCCUGGCCCGCUUCCUCACCAUGAAGGCACUGACCAACCAGAGGAUCGGUCACUUUUACUUCUGGCAUCUCAAGUCGGAGAUGCACAGCAAGCCGAUCUCCCAGCGCUUUGGGCUGAUGCUGGAGGCCUUUUGCCGUGGCUGCGGGAUGUACCUGAAGCACCUGAACCGGCAGGUGGAGGCCAUGGAGAAGCUCAUCAACCUGACAGACAUCCUCAAGCAAGAGAAGAAGGAUGAGACCCAGAAGAUGCAGAUGAAGUUCCUGGUGGAACAGAUGAGGCGGCCGGACUACAUGGAGGCACUGCAAGGCUUCAUCUGCCCCCUCAACCCCGUCCACCAGCUGGGCAACCUCCGGCUGGACGAGUGCCGGAUCAUGUCCUCGGCCAAGCGUCCCUUGUGGCUCAACUGGGAGAACCCGGACAUCAUGUCUGAACUGCUCUUCACAAACCACGAGAUCAUAUUCAAAAACGGGGACGAUCUCCGACAGGACAUGCUGACCCUGCAGAUCAUUCGGAUCAUGGAGAGCAUGUGGCAGAAUCAAGGACUGGACCUUCGGAUGCUGCCCUACGGCUGCCUGUCCAUCGGUGACUGCGUGGGGCUCAUCGAGGUGGUCAAGAGCUCCUACACCAUCAUGCAGAUCCAGUGCAAGGGGGGCCUGAAGGGGGCGCUCCAGUUCAACAGCAAUGCCUUGCAUCACUGGCUGAAGGAGAAGAACAAGGGCGAAGGGUACGAUGCGGCCAUCGACCUCUUCACACGCUCCUGUGCAGGGUACUGCGUGGCCACGUUUAUCCUGGGCAUUGGAGACCGCCAUAACAGCAACAUCAUGGUCAAGGAUGAUGGGCAGCUCUUCCACAUCGACUUUGGGCACUUCCUGGACCACAAGAAGAAGAAGUUUGGCUACAAGCGGGAGCGCGUGCCCUUCGUCCUGACCCAGGACUUCCUCAUCGUCAUCAGCAAGGGCAUGCAGGAGUGCACCAAGACCAAAGAAUUUGAGAGGUUCCAGGAGAUGUGCUACAAGGCCUACCUGACGAUCCGCCAGCAUGCCAACCUGCUCAUCAACCUCUUUUCCAUGAUGCUGGGCUCGGGGCUGCCUGAGCUGCAGUCGUUCGACGACGUGGCCUACCUGCGCAAGACGCUGGCCCUGGACAAGUCAGAGCAGGAGGCCCUGGAGUACUUCACCAAGCAGAUGAAUGAGGCCCACCAUGGCGGGUGGACCACCAAGAUGGACUGGAUCUUCCACACCAUCCGCCACAUGCCGCUGAGCGAGGCCAGCCACGACUGACCUGCAGGCUGAGCGCAAACCCUGCGUGGCGGGGCUGCCCCCUGUUGGCAGAGACCCUCGUCCACCCGCGUCCCCUCUCAGGACCA